CGAUUUGAACAUUUUCCAUUACAUCCGAUGGAUUGAAAAUUUGCACUAUCACCUUCUUCCAUCAAAAUUGAAAAGGAAAAAAAAAAGUACACCAAAAUUUUAAAAUUCUUUUCAAAUUUACAAAUCAAAUUUAUAUAUACAUCAAUCAAAGGUUAUGGAUUAUAUGGACAUUGAUGAGAUAGAGGAAGUUCCCGACACUCCCGAGAGAUUAAUAACGGCACGUAGUAAUAAUGGAAACAGUGUCGGAAAUCAUAGUAGUGGAUCUAGUAGUUGUCGUGUGAUAGAUAAGAAUUACUUUAGUGAACAAGUAAGAAAUGAGCUCAGGGAAAAGGGUAAAUCAUUUAACUGUAAUAGGGGUCGAAGGUUAUUUGUACGACCAGAUAAUGGCAGGAACCCUCCAGGUCCUACCUUAGGGAAUUCAUCUUCCUCUAUCAAUGUUCUGCACAUGGAUGAUCAACGUCAUGAUAAAGGGAAGAGCUUGUGUAGCGGUAAUGUUCAAAGGUUAACGUGUCAAGGAGGUGGUAGUUUUGUUGAUUUGACUGAGCAAAAUGGGCGUGGUGUUUUUGGAAAGGCAAGUGAACAUGUAUCUGAAAGACGUAUGUUUCGGGGUCAGGGUUGUUCUGCAAUAGAUGUGUUAAAUACAUCAAGCAAAUCAGUUGGAAUUAAUAAUAGUGUCAAGUCUGGUCCUAGAGCUGAUCGUGGGAUAGGAAUUGUUGGAGCUCAACCUAUAACUGUAAACAAUUCUUCUUUAUUAGAUAGCACACCACCGAGAGCCAAUAGGCAUAGAAGGUUGGUGAGGAAUGGAUGCAUAUCGCCACAUAACAUAGCAAAGUUUAAACAGGUAGCAGAGAAGCAUGAGAGUGGGAGUUUGUCAAAAGAUGUUUCGUUUGCUGCUAGCAGUAUGCCAUCGGAUGGUCCAUCAAGUACGGUUGAUUUUAAGGAUGUGAUUGCAGAAGCUAUAGAUUCACGUAGAUUGAAGGGAAUAACCCAUCAUCAUCUAACUAUUCUUGACGAGCCUGAUACAAGAAGCAGACAUUUGUCUCACAGGAGCUAUGCAAUUUUUAAUGAAACAACUGAUGCUAUUAAGGAUCCAGAAGGAUGGAGAAUUACACACAACACUACGAGAAAAGUAGACCCCACAUUAGUAAAUCGUGAUCAACAUAUAUCAAGAGAUAUGGAUGCGUCAGGCCCUGCCAUUGGUCAACGGAAGAAAGGGGUGGUGCUAAGAGAUCAUAGAAAUGGAAGUAUGUCGAGUAAUAUUAAUAGCCAUUUUGAAGAUUUGGAGAUAUAUUCUCCUCAACGUGUGCCUGCUCUACCAGAUACCAUGUCCCGUCGCGCACAUAACUUGGGUCAAUUGGAUCGUGUGCAAUUGACAAAAAGACAGAGGGAGGGUGCUGUUUUGAGUAAUAAUCAGGAAUGUGACAUGUCACAUUUCAAGGAUUCUGACAUAAUGUCCCGUAGCAUUCCUCGGGAACCUUCAACUUCUAGGUCAACCAAAAAUAAGAACCAUUGUGGGGCUAGUUCGUCGGUUCCAGUUAUUGCAAUUGAUGAGUUAUCUCCCGAAAAUGGAAACCAUGGUUCCCCCACAGACCACAAUAGUAAUGAGAAUUCGAUUGUCAGGGCCCUACAGUUAGAGGAAGAUGAGAUGUUUGCUAAACAACUGCAAGAGCAGUUAUAUAAUGAAGAGCUGGAAGCUGUAUUUGGAAUUGAUGAGCAGGAACAUAGAUCACAUGCCAUUCUGUUUGGUGGUCGUCCUGCAUUUCGUCCUGCUUCUUCAGUAUUACAUCAGCACCCUCGAUCAAAUGCUUCCCGCAACCCUUUAAUUAGUAGAGGCGUUCAUGCACAAGCUUCCAGCUCCACAAGGCCGUCUCGAAUGAGAGGUCGUUUCCCUGGACGCGCUCGUACGAUAUCAUCUGUAACUGCUCAAAGAAAUUCAAUAUUUCCACAAAACAUGGAUGUGGAUAUGAUAAUGCAGAUACUGGAAGCACAAGAGGCAAUAAAUGGUAUGGAUUUGCCUGCUAAUUUUCCCGGCUUUAAUGGCAUCGAAUUGCCUAAUGGAUUGUUACAAAUAGGACGUGAAUUUAAUGAAGAUGAUUAUGAGAUGUUGUUGGGUCUUGAUGAAAACAAUCAUCGACAUGGAGGCGCGACUCAUGCUCAAAUAAAUAAUUUGCCUCAGACAACAGUACAGGUCGAAAAUCUCCAAGAAUGUGCGAUUUGUCUUGAAACUCCUAGCGUUGGUGAAACCAUACGACAUCUUCCUUGCCUUCAUCGAUUUCAUAAAGAUUGCAUUGAUGAAUGGCUGAGAAGGAAAAGUUCAUGCCCAGUAUGCAAAUCAUCGGUCACUUGAUUUGCUAGUUUUAGAAUCUGGCUUGUGGCGUGUUUUCUUCAGACAAGCUUAGUUAGACCUCUUGAAGUUGAAGGUACUGAUGACCAUGAUCGAACAUAUGUAUUACAACUUUACAAGGUGAUUUAAUUAUAGCCAUUUUUGGGUAUUGUCUAAAUUAAACGAAGCCAUAUGUAUAACUUUUGGUCUAAGGUAAUAGAUGAUACUAACUUGUAAGCCUUGUGGCAUGAAUGUCAAAAAUCCUUUUAAUGGUAUCCGAGAUGUUUUUUGGACA